AUUCGUCUUUAGGCUAGCAGGCGGCGCUGGCUCCUCCCUAACCUGAGGACGCGCCGGGCUGUGGGCGUUGUCUUUCUAUAUCCGGACGGGGAUACCGGCUGUGUACUGCUCAUGCUCCGCCCCGGAUACACAGCCGGUGGGCAGAAUCCGGUAUGAGGGAACCCCGGCUCCGGGACACUGCGAUGCCGUCAUGAAGAGCCCUGGAAACGGUGACCCUGCUGGGGGCAAGGCCGCGCUCCAGUCGCCCGGUGAUCAUGUCCAACUGAAGGUGCCGCUCAUCCAGCAGUCUUAUCAUUGGGAUUGUGGCCUGGCAUGUGCCCGCAUGGUACUGCAAUACCUGAAUCUCCUGCGUGAAGAGGAAUUCCAGAAUGCGAUGCAGGAGCUCCAACUCACUAAAAGUAUCUGGACCAUUGAUCUGGCUUAUCUAAUGCACCACUUUGGGGUACAACACAGAUUCUGUACACAGACACUGGGGGUAGACAAAGGAUACAGGAACCAAUCCUUUUACAGGAAGCAUUUUGAUGCAGAGGAGAACAGAGUGAACCAGCUAUUUGCCCAAGCCACAGCUCGUGGUGUGAAUGUAGAAAAACGGAGUGUUACAAUACAAGAACUGCAAGCUCAUCUAUCCCAGGGACACGUGGCCAUAGUACUAGUGAAUGCGGUUCUGCUGCUGUGUGAUCUCUGUCCUAGCCGUGUUAAGUACUGCUGUUUCCUUCCCACGGGACAGAAGUGCUUCUGUAGAAGCAGUGAUUACCAGGGCCACUUUAUUGUGCUCUGUGGCUACAACAGAAGCUCUGGCAGCCUUUUCUACAACAAUCCUGGAUAUGCUGACAGAUUGUGUCGGACAAGCAUCAAUAACUUUGAAGAAGCCCGUAGCAGCUAUGGCACAGACGAGGACAUACUCUUCAUCUAUGUGGACAGCUGAACCCAGAAUGGAAUAUGACGCAGCAUAAUACUUUUCAUGUAUGCAGACCCAUGUUUGCAGCUCAUGCACUACAGAGACAUUACUACAGUUGGACAUAAACGAAAACCAGUGGAUCCAAAAGGCAGCUGAGAGGACACGGACUAUUCACCUAUUCCAGAGGGAAUUAUUUAUAAUAUGUCAAGCUAUGCAUUAAGUAUUGUAACUUAGGUGGUAACCCACAGUACACUCACAAUAGUGCAAUAAAAGCUGUGCUUCUACACAAUAGCAUAUAAACCUGCAUAGUACACCAAGUUUAUCUGCUGGACAAGUAUGCAAGUUAUGAGGGGACGGCCACGUGGCAUUAUGUGAGCUGACCUAAAGAACUUCAAUUACUGAUUUCUGCUUCUUCCAUUUAAGGGACUGGAUAGCAUAAAUGGACAGGGUGUGUACAUUUCUAGAAUGCUCUUAUUUUGGGUGUGUGAAGAAUGUGGUUGUUUUGGUUUAUUUUCCUUUCUUUUUAAAUUCAAAUAACAGCAGGGCACCAAAAGUGCAAAUAAAGAGGCGUUUUAUACA